GCAGAUUUUUGUGCGCGAUAACAGACCGGAAGUUGUUGAAUUUCCGCAAACUUGACUACAGUGAUGGGACAAGAACGCGAUUCAAAGAAAGGAGGGAUGACACUGAGGGAAGUGAUCAGACAGAGGUAGAGAGCAGCGGCGGAACGGGGCUCCACUGGCAGAGAAGAAGCAACGGUAGCGACGAGGACCGAGCCCGGGAGGAGAGCGCGGAGGACAGCCAGCCCGGCCGGCCGGCCAGCCGCCCUCCGUCUAACGUUCCAGCGACCUCCGUCGGAGCUCCCUCCGCAGCUCCGCAGCUCCGCAUCGCCGCUCCAAGCAGAGCAUCUUGGAAAAGGCACAGAGCGGGCAGUCCUUCCUGGAAGGAGGAGAUUUCUCUGCUGAUUGUGACCCAGUUGGAUCCAGAGGAUGGACGUUUGGUUGGGUUUGCUUUUCCUCAGUUCUGCCGCUCUGAAGGCAGCUGUAGGAAACGUGUGUGUGUCGGGUCACGACAGAGGACCAGUGUUUGAAGAGCAGCCAAGCAGCUUAAUUUACCCAGAGGGCUUGACUGAAGGCAAAAUAACUCUGAGCUGUCAGGCGAGAGCCAGUCCACCUGCAACCUACUCGUGGAAACUGAACGGCACAGUCCUGGAGCUGGGGUUGAGCCGGUACACUCUGGUGGCUGGCAGCCUGGUGAUCAGCAGCCCUGACAAUUCCCAAGAUACCGGAUCGUACCAGUGUCUGGCUAAGAACCCGUGUGGGACGAUCAUCAGCCGAGCUGCUAAUCUCAAGUUUGGCUACCUUCAUGACUUCCCUCCUGACAGCAGGACUUCACAGACCGUGUAUGAGGGCGCCGGCACUUUCCUGGCCUGUCAGCCGCCCCCACAUUACCCAGCUCUGUCCUAUCGCUGGUAUUUCAACGAGUUUCCCAACUUCAUCAGAAAGGACGACGGACGCUGGUUUGUGUCGCAGGUCACUGGGAACCUGUACUUGGCCAAAGCAGAGUUAAAUGACACUGGGAACUACUUCUGCUUUACUACCAUCAAUCUGGACAUCAGCACCAAAAGCACUUUUAGCAAGGGCAGCCUGCUCACUGUAAUGCCAGAUGCCAAUCCCAGGAGGUCAGCACCAAGCAUUAGGCUGCGCUUCCCAGCGGAGACUUACGCCCUCGCUGGACACACUGCCCAAUUGGAAUGCUUUGCGAACGGAAAUCCAGUCCCGAAGCUUCGGUGGAGGAAGGUUGACGGUUUAAUGCCGUCCAAAACAGGCUCCUCCUCACAGAGUCACACCCUCACCCUACCUGAACUCUCUUUUGACGACGAGGGAAUUUAUGAGUGUGAAGCCUACAACUCAGAAGGACGUGACACAUACCAGGGACGCAUCAUUGUGCAAGCUCAGCCGGAGUGGUUGCAGGUGAUGAGCGACUCGGAGGUGGAGAUCAGCUCAGAACUUCACUGGAGCUGCUUAGCUGCUGGAAAACCUCGACCGGCUGUCCGCUGGAUACGCAACGGAUUGUUUCUCACCACACAGGAUCGGGUGACGGUGAACGGAGCGCAUCUGAAAAUCAGCAACCUGGCCCUGGAGGAUUCAGGGAUGUACCAGUGUGUGGCUGAGAACAAACACGGCACUAUUUAUUCAUCUGCCGAGCUGAGGGUCCAAGUCCAGGCUCCAGAUUUCAGGCUGAAUCCGGUGAGGAAGCUGAUCCCGGCAGCCAGAGGCGGCCAGGUGGUGAUCGAGUGUCGCCCUCGCGCGGCACCGAAGCCCAUCCUGUUCUGGAGCCGAGGGACGGAGCUUCUGACCAACAGCAGCAGGAUCACAGUAACUCCAGAUGGCACGCUGUGGAUCUACAACAUCAGCCGGGCAGAUGAAGGAAAAUACACCUGCUUUGCUGAGAACUACCUGGGCAAAGCCAACAGCACCGGACACCUGUCUGUUAGAGAUGCCACCAAAAUCACACUGGCUCCCUCCAACGCUGACAUCAACCAGGGGGAGAACGUGACGCUGCAGUGCCACGCCUCCCAUGACCCCACCAUGGACUUGACCUUCACCUGGGCCCUCAAUGGGGUUCUGCUGGACCUGGAGAACUGGGCUGGGCCGUACCAGCGGGUGGAGGCGAAGGAAAACAUCGGCGACCUGCUUAUUGUAAACGCUCAGCUGAGUCAGGCCGGAGUAUUUACCUGCACAGCUCAGACUGUGGUGGACAGCGCUGCUUCUUCUGCUAAACUGGUUGUGCGAGGACCCCCAGGACCACCCGGUGGUCUGCUGGUGAAGAACGUGGCCGAGACGUCGGUGGAACUCAAAUGGAGCCGUGGCUAUGACAACCACAGUCCCAUCGGCAAAUACGUCAUAAUGGGUCGAUCGUCUCUCUCGACAGAGUGGAGGAAGAUGAUGACAGAACCAGCAAACAUCGAGGGGAACGCCGAGUCGGCGCGGGUGACCGGAUUGAUUCCCUGGAUGGAUUAUGAAUUCCAGGUCAUCGCCAGCAACAUUCUGGGCAGCGGGGAGCCCAGCAUGCCGUCCCACGUCAUCCGCACAAAGCAAGCAGCUCCUACGGUGGCCCCAAGUGGACUCGGUGGAGGGGGAGGAAACCGCAAUGAACUGAUUGUUACCUGGACUCCCAUGGCCAGGGAGUACCAGAACGGGGACGGCUUUGGCUACAUUCUGGCCUUCAGGAAGAAAGACACGCCGCUGUGGUCGGAGGUGCAAAUCCUGCAUGUGGAGUCCUCUCGCUACGUCUACUACAAUGAAAGCCUGACGCCUUACACUCCUUUUGAAGUAAAGAUCAAAGCGUACAACCGCAGAGGUGAAGGUCCGUUCAGCCAGCUCUCAGACGUCUACUCUGCAGAGGAAGAGCCAACUGUGAGACCUUCAGGCAUCAAUGCCACAGCACUGUCGGCCUUUGAGAUCCAGGUGUCAUGGGAACCCAUCCAGCCGCUUAGCAACGGCAUCCUAAGAGGAUAUGAGAUCCGAUACUGGCGGCAGCACGAGAGAGAGGCGGCCGCGGACCGGGUCAGGACGGCCGGGCUACAGCCUACAGCCCGGGUGUCCGGCCUUCGACCGAGCACUCGGUACAAUGUGGCCGUUCUGGCGUACAACAGCGCCGGCACGGGGCCUCCGUCGCCUCGCACUGCCGUCACCACCAGGAAACCACCUCCCAAUCGUCCUCCGGGCAACGUGUCGACUGAAACCAAAGGCUCUGAAGUAACGCUGAAGUGGAGUCAUGUGACAGCGAUGCACAACGAGUCAGCCGUGUUGGGCUAUAAGAUUCUGUACAGACAUGAUGACCAGACUGUAAUGAAGUUUCUGGACAAGUCGAAGACGUCAUUCACUCUGCCGCUAACUAAAGACUACGGCUACGCACUGCUGGAGAUUCGGACAUGGGGCGAGGGCGGAGACGGACCGUCUCAUGAGGUCAUCGUGUCCCAGGACUCUGGAACCGGAAUGAUGGUGCAGAAGGACGCCUCCUCUGCCCUGACCAGCUCCCUCCUCCACAUGGCCAUUGGCCCGGUUCUCUUGGCCUUCAGCCUGCUGUGAUCCGUCUGUUACUGUUAGUGAAGCGAAGGCUCCAGGUGGACUUUAGAUUUCAUUCCUUAUAAUAACAGUUUUAACAUCUCAGUGCAGUGGAGGGAACCAGAACUUACCACUCCUGGGUUCUUCAUGAACAUCAGCUCUUAAGGUGCAAACAGAACUGAGUGAGUGGAUGGUUAGCAUUGUUAGCUUCUAGAUGUGUGAUCUGACAUUCACUCUAAGAGCAGCUAUAUCUACGUCGUUUAAUUUGGCAAAAAAAAGCCUUUCAUCUGCCGCAGUUGUUUUCUGCAUGUCAGGUCUCACUGUCUUCCCGUUUUCCUGGACGUGCAUGGAGCAGCGUAACCCGACGGAAUGAAAGCUGCAUGUUGUUCCCUCCAUCCCCUCGUCUCCACCUGCUGCAACUCCGUCUUUAGAGAGGAGGGUCUUAAUUGUUUCUGCAAAACCAGGGACUAAGCACCCACUUUAAUCUGGUUAAAGUUGAGUUGAAGCUUUUAAAAUGCUGUCUAUUGUUUUUCUUUCGAUAUACUUUUUUUUUUACUUUUUGCCCUAAUGAGCAUGGCAUUCUGGGGUUAACACGGUUUCACUCUGCAUUCACAGAUAUUUUAGGGAGGAUGAUUAGAUAGCUGGGGCGGUUAGCUCUAAAACUAUCGUGGUCAUUCUAAAACCAAGAAAAUCAGAAUUUUGUACUCUGAUGAAACAGAAAAGAGUUUUGUGUAACAAACCACUGUAGCCGCCAGGUUAGUGCCUCAGCACUGCAGAAGAAAAUGAUUUGUUUCUGUUGUGCUCGUUUUUCAGAUUAUCUCAAAGUAGCAAGUGUUAAAUACAGAAAAUAGGUUUUAUGUCUUUAGGUUAAAAAAAAAGUUGACGCCUUCAAAACAACGUAAGUUCCCGCAACGGUAGAUUAGAAAAAGAAAUGUCCUUUCUGCCAUUUGCUCUGACCGCAACAAUCAGACGGACCUUUAAGCUGACUCGCUCUGUUUGUGUUUGUGUCUCUGUUGUAACCGCAGCAGGCGGCAGAGCACGUCCGCUCCUUUUAUCAUUGAUAGAAUAUGUGCCUGCAGUGUAAAAAACGUUCAUGUUUGAUGUGUUUAUUGCCGAUCAUUUUUUGCCGAUAAGGCUAAUCAGGGAGAGAUGAAAGAGUUGUUAGUAUUAGUGCCGUGGUCAGGCCACCGGCGCUGACGCAACACGUCUGACCCUCUGCAGUUCCCAGAUCCCACCGAGCCUCCAGAACACCCGCCGCCUUCUGUUGUUUCUAGAGGUUCUUGCUGUUAUUUUUAUUUCUUUCUUCUUAUUUUUGCCUUAUUUAUUUCAAUGUGUUGAUUUUUAUUUAUAUAUUUCUU